AUGCACAUACAUGCCAAUGUGUUGGACUACUUUGGCCACCCGGACUCCAACCCUUUCUACGAGCGAGAGUCGCUGAACGAACGCCAGAAACAGGAAGGCAUUGACCCAGAGCGCCUCAAGAACUAUGAAGGUGUGGAGUACGCGGUUUCCCAUGCACAGGACCCUGUGUUGCAAGUCAUCCGAAAGCAGCUGACGCAGCGCGGGCGACCACCAAAGCCGCUGGCUUACUAUUACGUUGCCCGCGGCAAUGCCUUCCAAGCACCAGAUGUGUGCUCCGUUGUAUCCAGCCGUCUGGCAUCCACCAUGUUCCACCUGAGGAAAGCAUUGUCAAUUGCACGGGAACAGGUGGCAAAAUCGGAAGACACAGAUGCCAUCUUCUCUCCCAAAUCACACACAGCGAAGGACCCACAACAUGACGAGCGAUAUCGACCCCCACCAACACUGCGGUCAAGAAUGAACAUGACAUCGGAGCACGUGCUUGACGCGGGCAACAGGGCUGCAAUAUUGGCACUGGAGCGCAUGGUAGGCACGCCCAGCGCACACCAGCAGCAUCCCACACACGCGCACAGGCGGGCAAAGGGUGGUGGCACAGCAGCAAAGCGAAGCAGCCAGCAGCAAGCACAGCAGCAACAACAGCAACAACAGCAGAAGAGAGCAAGCGUGGACGAUGGAACACAGCCCACGAAGCGAAGCAAACAGAUGUGA